AUGACCGAAAUCAAAACCGAAUACACUCAGGCACCAUCCUACGCCUCUGUUAACCCUGUCGAGGUGGACAACGCUGAGAAACAAGAGCAAGAACUUACAAGCCCCAAGGUGGAUUGCGUAACCCAUGGACCCAGCCAAGUCCCGCUUCUCGACCGCGAAUUGCAGAAGCUACAGGCAAAAGACAUUAUCCGCACAUUGGCAACCGCACUGAAUGAUAUCACCGAUGAGAAGAAGUGUACCAAGUGCACGGUGGAGAAUAUUUCGAACCUACUCACAAGCCACGUCCGGGAUCUCAGAGCCGCGAAGCGGAGUGGGAUGUGGACCAAAGAAGACAAGAAAGCUCUCAAGAUGGAGAUUAAAGGCCUCCUCAAACCAGUCAAGAAGGAUGUGAAGAGCUUGUGGAAAGCGAAUUAA